GACUCAAAAUAAGGCUCAACCAUUUCGGAAAACCCGCACCAAAAUUAGACGAAAAAAAAUUUAAAAUCUACCGGACUCACCCGCUACCAGCCAGGACCCUCGCACAGUUCUUGAGACAGAACACAGGACGUAAUGGAGCUCUGGCAUAAGCUGCGUGGGCAGCUGAGCGACUUCUUCUUCGUAAACUACCCAUACAUAGCGCUCUAUAGCGGAAUGGGCGUGGCAAUAACCGCCUACUUGCACUACCAGUGGAAAAUACAUCAUUACGACUUGAUGUACUGGAAGCAUUUGGCGGAGGUCUUCUCGCAGGACAUCGACUGCUUCCAGCUGGCCAUCCUUCUGGUGAUUUUCGCGAUCAAUGCCAUUUUCGUGUUUAUCAUCCUGAGCGUCUACCUGCGCCCAGCCCUCGACCAUGGCGGUGAGAUGUCGUUGCUGGAGAUCAAGGAUCGCUAUGCCCAGUUCAUCCUGAUCCGCCUGAUCGCCCGACUCGAUCGCAUCCAGUCGAAGUUGUCGGCGAAACGGAAGAGUCUCACCUUCCAGCAUUAUGCCAGGGCACACACCAAUAUGGUCAAGGCGGUGGCCAUGUUUCGCAAGGAUGCGCGCAAGCUGAUCCUGCCCAACGAGUCGGAGAUCCUGAUGCCCAUCGAAGACAUCUACGGCGUGGCCGAGGACGAGGAGCGAUUGCUGAGGCGAUCGGGCUACUACAAACUGAUCAUCGACACCACCGACGAGACCGUCAAGGCACUUUUCAACGCCAAAUGAGGCCAGAUUCCAUUCCAAUCUCCAGCCAUCUAGCUGAUCCGGUUCCGAUUUAAAAAAAAACUUUGAGUAAACUGCAGUCCCACCCCA